ACCUCACACAGCCGUCACUGCAGUACAGGGUGAAGAAGAAAAAAAAUCAGCCAAGAUGUGUUGCUCCAGCUUUCUCAAAAUUAUGAUGUUUAUCUUCAAUGGCAGCAUCUUUUUGGCAGGUGCAGCCAUCGUGGGAGUGGGAGUGUGGGUAAAGGUGGACAGUGGUUCUCUGAUGGGUAUCCUGGAUAACUUGGAGGGUGCUCCGUCUGGGUUAUCACAACUGGUCUACGUCAGCUACCUGCUCAUCGCAGUGGGUGCUGUGCUGUUGAUCAUUGGCUUCCUGGGCUGCUGCGGAGCUGUCAAGGAGAGCAGGUGUAUGCUGCUGACGUUCUUCAGUAUCGUGCUGAUUAUCUUCCUCAUCGAGGUUGCAGGAGCUGUGGUGCUACUAGUGUUCGAGGGUUUGGCUGAUGAGCUUUUCCAGAGCUUGGAAGAUGACGUUAAAAAAAGCAUUGAAAAGGAGUAUGGACACAGUGAAAGCCUGACCUCUCUCUGGAAUGCCACCAUGGAGGAGUUUAAGUGCUGUGGAUUCAAGAACUACACAGAUUUUGAUGGCUCCCCUUUUUACAAUGAACAUGGAGGAAAUGUUUAUCCAGAAACAUGCUGCAAUGCGACCAUCACCGAGGGCGUAUGCAACAAAAACGAAGCACAUCUUUCGAUGAUUGAUGGCUGCUUGAACAAGCUCCUGCAGCUGAUAGAGGACAACGCUGUGAUCAUUGCGGCUGUGGCUCUAGGAAUUGCUGCUCUUGAG